CUCACACGCUCUCUUGUCCUAUUUAACCAGAGGCGCGGUUCCCUCUAGCUUCAGUUGACCAGCCGCCUCUGAUCAUCUCACUCCUUGCCGCCUCUCUCGCCGCCUCCAGCAAGGAGCUCCAGCAUUCCACCUCCUGACGAACGGAGCCUUGCAUAACUAUGAAGGGAGAGGGAGCAACAGCGGGGCGUGGCAGUAUCCCCCUCACACCUGCAUUCCUUUUUCUCCUGGCCCUCUGCCUCCCUGCCCUUCCUCUUGCUACAGCGGUCGUCCCCAGGUGCAUGAUGCCUCCGGACUCCCACAUGGGAAGGUUGUCGACGAACAGCGACGAGUGGUACAAGCCUCAUGGGGACGACCUCUUCGGGGCGGCCGGUGGGGAGCUGCUGAGGGAGAUGAAGGCGUCUAAUAUAAGGAAGAACCUGAAGUACCUGACCACGCAGGGCCACAUGGCGGGCACCAAGCACGACCUGGACCAGGCGGAGCACCUGCGGAAGGCAUGGUUGCAGCAAGGUCUCGACCAGGUGUUUCUGCAACCCUACAACGUGCAGCUCUCCAAGCCCCAGGCUGACAAGCCCAACAAGGUGUACUUGCUGGACGAAGAGGGCAACGUGAAGUUCACCUCGAGCAUCCUGGAGGAGGCACUCAGGGGCGAGGACUACGAUGACACUAUCCCGCCAGCCUUCCUCGCCUUCUCCCCCUCCGCCACCGUCGUCUCUGAGGAGGUGGUGUUCGUUAACUAUGGCUUCUACGAGGACUUUGAGACGCUGCAGAGGGCCGGAGUGGAUGUCUCUGGGCGCAUUGUUAUCGCUAAAUUCGGCAAGAUUUUUAGAGGAGAUAAGGUUCUCAACGCGGAAAGGUUCAACGCUUCGGGCGUCAUCUUGUACACGGACCCCGCGGACUACCACCCAGACUGGCGCAAGGGUGGCGAGGCGUACCCCAGCACCUUUUGGCUUCCAGAGUCAGGCAUCCAGCGAGGCUCUGUCCUAUGGCGCGACGGGGACCCCACCACCCCUUACUACCCGUCCAUUGACGGUUCGCACCACAUAGAUGAAGCCCACGAGAACCUGCCGCGCAUCCCCGCUCACACCAUCAGCUACACGGACGCCAGGAAGCUGCUUGUCAACCUUGGAGGGGCGGAGGUGCCUGAGGCGUGGCGCGGCGGUCUGGACAUAACCUAUAGGAUGGGCCCUCAGAUGCUGCGUCCCGGCUGGAAGGUCAAGCUGGAGGUCAACAACGAGAAGAAGGUCGCCCCGAUUUUCAACGUGGUGGGCGUGGUGCGCGGCAGCGAGGAGCCUGACCGCUAUGUGAUCGUUGGAAACCAUAGGGAUUCGUGGACCUACGGCUCGUGUGACCCUUCCUCCGGCACGGCAGUCAUGAUGGAGAUUCAAAAAGUUACCCUCCCAUCCCUCCCUCUUGCAGGAUGGCGCCCCCGGAGGUCCAUCGUGUUCGGGUCUUGGGGCGCCGGGGAGUUCGGAUUCUUCGGGGCAACGGAGAUGGUGGAGGAGUACCUAAAGACCUUCGAGAACCGUGCCGUGGCCUACCUCAACGUGGACAUCGCCGUGAUCCAGACCUACAACCUGGUGGUGUCCGCCACGCCCAUGCUGCACAGGAUCAUCAAGGAGGCCGCCAAGAGAUCCCCCGCGCCGGAUCCUUCACUGGGGUACAGCAACCUCUGGGAUCACUGGACACAGAGGGAGCGCCCCGCUGCUCCUGAUGCCAUUGACUACAACUUGGGCUCCACCAGUGAACACGCGCCCUUCUACCAGCGCAUCGGGAUCCCUACCUCUUACAUGCUGUGGGAAAUCAACCUGGAGGAGUACGACUGGUCAGACUACCCACUAUACCACAGCACCUUUGACGACUUCGAGUCCAUGGCCACCCUGGACCCCCACUUCUGGUACCACCUGUCCCUGGGUCACCUGUGGGGUCUCACUGCCUUGGGACUCGCGGACGCUCAGGUACUGCCGAUGGACCCCAAUGACGAGGCGACCAUGCUGCGGAGGAUGGCGGAGGGCUUACGGCAGGACUUCGGCACUGAGCUCUCCAAAGGGCGCCUCACUCUGGCUUACCUGGAGUCUCUAGUUGAUCGGUUCGAGCAAGCGGCUGAUAAGUUCAACACCUUUACAAGCAACAUAACAAACGUGACUCCCCUCCUGGCCCGUCAACUUAACGACCAGCUCAUGGCGAUAGAGAAGAGUUACAUAUUCACGGAGGGCAGUUUCCAGCGGCCUUACAUGAAGAAUAUGAUGUUUGGCACGAGUUUGCACAACCAAUACGAGGGAUGGCUCGCCCCUGGGGUCCGCGAUGCCCUGUGGGAGGCGAGGCACUGCAAGGCGGAGUGUGAGGAGGAGUGGGAGGGCGUGAAGCAGCAACUGUCAAUCCUGCAAUACGUGGUCAACUCAGCUGUCAUCAACCUAAAGGACUUCAUGUAUCUAUAAUAAUGCGGCUUUGAGUCAUAAGAACAUUAUAUAAGAGAAUAACACUUUUAUUACAUUAGAGUGGCACAUCAAUAGGCCUUUUUUAUUUUUUAUUUUUUUGUAGCAAUAUACCAAAAUCACUUACAUUAAAAAAAAAGCACGGGAUACUUGUAAGAAAAAGAGUAAUAGGAGUAGGAAAAGGAGUGUUGCUGGUGUGGAAAUGGAAGAGCAAGGCAAGGGUGGGAGGGGAAGACUCGAGUGGUGGAUGGGAGGUGUGAAGGAAGAGAGAAAAACAACUUUUAGUGUGCACGACUGACCUGGUUGGAGGAGAGAUGCCAGAAAUAUACACAGACUCUGCAGGAAGUGAGAUACACAGAGAAACACGAUGAAUAUUCUGGAGACCCGAUUUUUUUUUAUUAUUAUAUUUUCUCUCAUACAGAAAACAACAAAUACUGGCAUGUUUUCUUCCGGGGACGCCCAAAUCGAAUCUGUCUUGUUUGUUUACCUCCGUUUUCUCUCUUCUGUGCUGUCAGGUUCUGUUUUGUUGUACGUCCCUCUGUCUUUCGUUUAUACUGAUUUAUUACCCUUCUCUUUUCAAUCCGUCUUUUUUUUAUACGUCUGUCUAAUUAUUUCUGUUGUAUCACCUUUGUCGUAUCACACCUGUCUAAUUACCAGCGUUAUUACCAUCUAUUAUAAACCCCCCUCUUAUUAUUAUCCUACCUCAUUACCCCUGUCUGUUUACCCCUGUCCUGUCUGUUUACCCCCGUCUUGUCUGUCUUACUGCCCACGUCCCUGAUCCACACUGCCCUGUCACCUCUGGCGGCGGAAUUACGUAUUUACCCAUUAGGCAUUCAGUAGUGUACAAGGAUUCCCAGGCAGCGAGGGAGAGUGCUGUAGUGUUAUUUAUUGGCAAUGGAUAUGUCUGGGAAUGAACUUGAGUUAUAUUGUGCUUGGCCUCGUGAGAUUUGGCUGAUAGGGAAGUGGAAGGAACGGAAGGAGGAGGAGGAGGGAGGAGAGAUAGGGGUGGGUGAAGCGCUGGUGGUGGAGGAAAUAGAACAUUAGAAGGGAAAAGAGAGAAGUGGAUGAAAUGGGAAGAGACUGGCAGGAAAAGAGGGGGAAUAGGAGAGGAGGAAAGAAAGAAUGAGUGAAAGGAAGUGGAAGAUAGUGGAGGGACUAAAAGGGCGUUGGAAGAGAAGAGCGAGAGAAGUGAAGGGAACGAGAAAAGACUGAAAGGAGAGAGAGAGUGAGAGGACGAAGAGGAGGGGGAGAAAACGUGGAUGAAGGGACGAUGAUAGUGGAAGGAAGAGAAGGGCACUGGAAGGGAUGAGAGGUGAAGGGAACGGGAGAGACUGGAGGGAAGGAGGAAGGAAAAAUAAGUGAGAGGAGGAUUUAGGAGGACGGAAGGAUUAAGAGAACUUGGAGGGAAGAGGAGGAAGAAGAGAGAAAAGGGUGGUGAGGAGAACAGGAAGGGGCUAAAGGAAAGGAGAGGACGAUGGAGGGGAACAUGAAAGCAGUGGAGGAGAGGAGAACAUGCUGGAAGGAAAGGGAAGGCAAUAAACAAGAGGAAAAGAAGCUUAAAGCAGGAAUAAGAUAGAAGGAGCAGAGAUAAAGGAGCAUUGGACGGGAUAUCUUGGGAAAGCAAAAGGAUAAACACAAGGAGAGACAAUAAUCAAAGGGAAAAGGGGAAGGAAUGAAAGAGAGAAUAAAAA